CUGCGACUGCCGCCCCUCCGACUACUUCUCAUCUCAGAGGUUUAGAAGUCCUCCAUCGUACCUGCCUGCGUUAUCCUCAUUCGUUGAUCCUAAAUCCUCGUUCCUACCUCACCUCUCCUCAGUGCAUCUGCCUUGACGUGCACCUCCAGUCACUAAAUGAAAGACUCCCUAUAUUUACAACAGCCAAAUACCAAGAUUAUGAUUCUGAAGGCUAGACAAAGCGAUACUCAGAAAGAUAUGGAUUUACGUCCGCCUCAGGCUGGGAGGCUAGAGAAACGAAGGAAACGCUUCCAGUCGCCGACGGGCGUAGGAAGUAAUAACGGUAUCAAGCGGCUGCGAUCCACACAAUCAUCGAAAAAUGAUGGGGAUUCGAGCGAGUUGGAGUCGCUGCAGUCUCUAGCUAGCGGCGAAGACAGCGACGACUUCUCAGAAUACCGUCCCUCAACGGACAGCGAAUAUUCUUCAGACGGCCACGCCAACGCUCCUAGUGCCAUAAGAUAUUGUGGCUUGGUGAUCAGGAAAGGACAGUUCGUUUUUGUCAAGAACGACUCUCCAGAGGAUUGGAUCGCUCGCGUGGAAAAGUUCCACCGGAAGCAAAGGAAACUUUACGUUCGCUGGAUGAAGGAAGAUGGUCCGGAAAUUGUGAUGGGUGAUGGUUAUGCGUGGCUCUCAGUAAACACCAUACAGGAUAUUGCUGAAGUCGAAAGGCGCGUCACCGACCCAGACACUGAGGAGCGGUGGGUGCAUAAAGUCCCGGUCCAGCCCGCUUCCUUGUCGCCUACAGGAGAUCAACAGAAGCUUUUGCAGACCGUUUGGGCAGAGGAAACCAUUUUGCGUCACACCCCCUCUCUAGACUGCUGCUUAGCAGGGACAGCCAUAUGUCCGCUUGCAGGUGAUGAUCCCGAGGGCGAUCGCAAUCUUGUCCGGCCAAGGACCACGAAGAUUAAGUUGGCACCAUUUCGGCCAUGUGCAUCUCGAGAGGGAAGUUUGCCUUCACUUUGGGAUGCAGUAGGUGAUUAUCGUGAUAAUCACCCUGGGUUGAGAUGUGCUGAGGUUUGAUGGGGUGAUCAAUCGUAUCUGUGAACAUUCACAAACACUAG